UCAACAAGUGCUUCCCGGCAGCUCAACAUGUCUCCUCCACUCAACGCGUUCUGGCUCUCUGCGGUGAUGCUGUGCGCCCUGCUGCUGUGCGCCCUCGGAGCUCCGGUGGAAGACGCUCCCACCGACAGCCCGGCGGCCGGUGACCCCUCCGGUGAGGAGGAGGAGGAGCCCUCUGACCUCUUGAGCACCUCCGGGGUCUGGGAUCUGAUCCUUGGUGCAACCAGACGUCACCAAAAGGAGUUUGAAGAUGAAUUCCACAAUCAGGUGAAAUACGAAUUUCUGGAAGACUACAAAGUCUCCUCACUUCCAGCACGCUGCCCUUACUCCAACUUCACCAAGGAGGCUUGUCUCCAAAGGAUGGUCCAAGGCCUGCAGAUUUACACAGUUCUUCUCAGGCAAGUGGAGAAGGAGUACCCCAACAGCUUGAUCUGCGCAGAGGUCCGAACUUACAGCGGCCAACUGAUCGACCUGAUCCAAAGAAAAAUGAGGAAGCCUGGUCAGGUGACGGCUCUGACCAGCAGUCAGGAAGUGCAGCUGCUGAAUGAACUCGACAACCCCAACACCUUCCAGAGAAAGAUGACUGCACACAACAUCCUGCGCCAGCUCCACUACUUCCUCCUGAAGGGCAAGAGAGCCAUUACUAAGAGGGAGAAGAUCAGAGGAACUAUGGCCAACGACAGUUUGGGCAUCUUCCAGAUUCUAUAACGAAACAACGAGAGAUGAGAUAUUUAUAAUCACUAGAGGGAAUAUCCUCAGGGUUAGAUUAAGGGUGCUAUAAUUGUGUAGGUCUUUAAGGAGACAGGGCUUGAAGCGCCCAGUAUUGCAACAUUUAUUUAAGUUAUUUAUACUUUGAGGGAAAGUGUUAUUUAUUAGUCAUAGGAAAAUCCAUGAUUGUAGGUUUCUUGCACUAAAAUUAUUUAUGAAAAUAAGUUAUUUGAAGAAGAUUCUUAUAAGAUUAUAGAUUUUGACAUUACUUGAGCAGCAUUGAUAGCACUGCUAUUCAGGCAAUAUUGGCAUCAUUUCGUUAUAUAAACAAUGAUUUUAUACUUACAGUACUGUUCAUUAUUUAUUUACAACUAUUAUUUAACUGCAUUUGCUGUGGAUUGAAUUACAAUGCAAUGAGCUGACUUUUUUGAAUUCACACAAUAAAUAAGUGACUGGUAUUUUGUACACAUGCAGAAAUAAAAAAUAAAUAAAUAAAAAUGUUUCGAUAAGUAAGUUUCUUCAGUCCAAGACUUUACACAUUUCAUGUCAUUGAAGGGUUGCAACACAUUUCUUCCACAAACCAUUUAUCUCUUUU